CAAGCCAAACCUUAGUUCAUUCUGAUUAGCAUUAAAAUGUGGGACUUUCAAUGUAGAUGGCAUAUAUUUAAAGUUGCCAGAAGAAUAGAGACCUUUUUUUUUAAUUCAAUUGUGGGAUGUGGACGUCACUGGCUGGUCAGCAUUUAUUGCCCUUGAGAAGGUGAUAGUAGCUGCAUUCCUGGUCCACUGCUGUCCAUGCGCUGUAUACUGCAUAAGGAUACUUUGGGAUGGGUGGCUGAAAGCUUGUUCAAAGAGGCUCGUUGAGAUAAAGGGUCGGCCCAAAGUCAACAUGCAGCCUGAAGAAGCUUAAAUAACAGUGUGGAACGAAUUCUGGAAAAUAUUGGAGUCUGUGGCUUUAUCCAGCAUCUUCAUGGUGGGGGGGAAGAUCAUAGAGUCAUAGAGAUUUGCAGCACAGGAAAAGGCCCUUUGGCCCAUUGCAUCCACCCUCGUCAAAAACAACCACCUCACUAAAAGAAAAUCCAUCCAUUUGUUGUGGUUUCGAUUUGAGGCUUCUGUUCUUUUCGGCUCAUUUCAUCAUGGCCAUAAAUGGAAGCUUGGAUAAUGAUACUCUGGAAAUGCUAUCAAGUCAUAUAAUUCAGAGCACCCUUCCAAUCUUUUACCUCAUUGUUGCAAUCAUCAGCCUGCCUGGGAAUGGGUUCUCGUUAUUUCUCCUGUGCCGAGCACAACCUAAGACACCAUCCAUCGUCUUCAUGAUCAACCUUACCCUCACCGAUCUUCUCCUUGCCAUAUUUCUGCCCUUUCAGAGCGCAUACCACUGGAAAGGUAACAAUUGGACCUUUGGAACUAACCUGUGCAAUGUGGUUACUGUGCUAUUCUAUGCGAACAUGUACUGUUCCAUCUUAACGAUGACUUGUAUUAGCUUGGACCGCUAUGUAGGAGUAGUGCUCCCAAUGCACUGUGUCAGAUGGCGGACAAAGAAGCAUGCGGUUGCAAUUUGUCUAGGAAUGUGGGCGGUCAUGUUGGUCGUCUUGCUGCCACUGGAGAUAAAGGAUUUGACGUACGAAGUUCAUGAACUAAAUAUUACCACAUGCUUUGACAUUCUGAAGAUGGACAUGCUACCUUCCAAAGAAGCUUGGGCUGCUUUUCUAUUCACUUUAUUUGUCAUCCUGUUCUUAAUUCCUUUUAGUGUCACUGUGUACUGUUACAUUCGGAUCAUUGCCAAGCUGAUCAACACCUCUUCAAGUUAUGUCAGUGCACAGAAGAAGAGAGCUAUUGGCUUAGCUUUAAUUGUGCUCCUGGUGUUUGUAACGUGUUUUGCACCCAACAACUUUAUCCUUCUCAUUCAUAUCAUCAAACGGAUCUUUUUCAACAAAGGGGUUUACACUGCCUAUAAAGUCACACUCACCCUGAGCUGCUUAAAUAGCUGCCUUGACCCUUUCAUUUAUUAUUUUGCCUCCAAAGAGUUUCGUAAGAAGCUCAGAACAUACUUGGGAAUAGCAAUUAUCUCAAGUCAAGGGAGUCUAACUGAAUACAGAAGGGAGAGUAUGUUCUCAAUGAGAUCGGGCUUGCAAAAUCACCAAGCUUUGGAAAUGCAGCUCUCUCUGAAUUCAACAAAUGAUUCAGUAUAGACUAAAAUUGGCAGAAGACUGUGCAACAUAGUAUACUGAAGGCAAACCUUUAACUGAUUGGAAGAUUUACUGAUUGUUCUGUUGCAGAGCUAAGAUAUUAAGAGUGAAACCGAUGUUGAGAUUCAUGCAUUUCUGGAAGUAGAUGGGAAAAUUCCAAACGCACCUUUCUGAGAAAAUUUCUCAGAUUUGAUGCCUAUUUAAAAAUGGUCACAUUAAUUGGGUGGUUUCCUCAGUUCACAGUUAAGACUUCCAGCCAGUAGUUGAUGAGACUCCUCAUCUGUUUUGGGGAUUGAGAAGGUGGAGGUUCAAAAAUUAUUUGCAAUGUGUCCCACAGGCAAGAACAUGACCAAUUGUUGAAUGUCAUUGAAAAUGAUCAAAUAAUGAUCCACAGUCGACAUUGAGCUCUCAGUUGGAAGAUGAAUGUAGCAAAGGGAACAUGGGCAGACCUAAGUCCCAUUGAUAAAGCGAGAGGGGAGAAUGGUGGGAUUUGCUUUUAAUUCUUAGCUCUUAAUAAUCUGCCAAUGUUUCUGAUCAAGGCUCAUCAACCAUUAAGUCAACUCCCACCUCCUUCUCUAAGGUAGCUGCUUGCUUGAUCUGCUGAAGUGCUGAUAUAGCACUUCCUGUUUUUAUUGUAGAAUUCUAUCAAAUAUUUUGCUUUUUGUCAUCUUCCAACCCUCAGGUUAACGUUAUUCUCAGGAAUCAGCAAGCAAUAUGAAAUUUAUGAUGUUGCUCAGUCCAGUAAAUCUUCCAUUGUGGACUAAUAAAGCUUAUUAUGGGGAUUCCAUUGCUAGUUGUAAUCCCUGAUUUGAAAUCCUUUACAUUUGCACAAAGCAUAAGUUAGAGCUAGUAAUAAAUGAUUCAUAAAUUGUGGUGUUGUUUUAUAUUCAGAAGGUCCUUCAUUUCAUUCAUAGGACAGUAUUAUAGUGGGAAUGUUUGCUGUUGUGUGCAUGUAUCUGACAUGUAUUGUACUCACUCAAAGUCAAUGAAAAUUUAUUGGAAGAAGUUAGCAAUGAACAGAUUCCAAAUGAAAUAAGAAUUCAUUUCACGGAAGAGCUAAAAUAUAGGACAAAGUGAAGUAUCAUCAGACAUUAUGUCUGGCCGCUUCAUGACAUGAAAAUAAAUUAGCCUAUUCAUUCUGAAUUUAUGAGGGUCAUUGUCAAGUCUGAAAAGGUUCUUCAUUCUGGGAUUAGGGAGGGAAAAUCCAGUUGCUUAGUGAUGCCAGCUGGAGAAUACAAAAAUGAAUGAAUUAGCUUUACGGUCACAAGUAACCAACAAUUCCUUUAUUGUCAUGAAAAUAUUGCUCUGUCACAGAAUUGUCAUCAGGCAGAUUUUGACACUAAGCUACUUAAGGAGACAAAAGGACAGAGGACCAAAUCUUGAUCAGAGAAAUAUGUCUAAAGGUGUGUCUUAGAGCAUGUAGGCAAGGGGACAGGUUUAGAGAAGAAAUUCCAGAUCCUGGGGGCUGGGAAAGCCUUCCGAAAUGGAAUGAUUAAAAUUGGGGCUGCACAAGAGGCCAGGCUUGGAAGAGUGCAAAGGUCUUGUUGGGUUGUAGGCCUGGAUGAGGUCAGCAAUGCUUAGUGCCAAAGACAUCGAGGGAUUUGAAAACAAGGAUGCAUUUUUUUAGAUUGAUGAUGUUGUGGACUGUGAGCCAUUAUAGGUCAGUAAGAAUAAGGCUGAAAAGGACUUGGUGCAAAUUAGGAUCAGUCGUAUUGUCUGCACUCCCCAUGCAAGUUUCUCUAUGGAGCCUGAAAAUCAUAUCCAGUAAAAGGUCAGGAUAGGAGUUAAAAAAAAUCAAAUCUAUUCAAAAAAUAUUCAAGAAACACCUCUCUUUAUCUUCUGCACUUCCUUCAUUUGUCCAUUUUGCCCAGUGGUAAAACAAAUUUUCGAUCGUUUGAUCAAGAUAGAUUUUGAUGUAUUGGAAUCAAUCCAAACCUUGCAGUAAAAUGAGAUAUUCACAGAAUUUUUAUGGUGCAGACAGAAGCCAUUUGGCCCAGACAGUAUAUACAGGCACUUCAUUAUGAUGAGGGUAAAGUUUGCCCUCAUUCAUUCUGGUGUUCUUUAACAUGAUGCUAAAGGUUGGAAUAUACACAGCAGUUUAGAGUUCUGUUAAGUUGCUGUUACUUUGUGGAGAACUAUUUUUCACAGCUCAAGUUCAAUUUACAACGGAUUUCCGUGAACGUAUUUCUUUGCAAAACUUUACUUUGAGAUAAUUGCUACUUUCACUACUUAUAAGAUAGCCUAGUGCUAAUCUAUUCAUUAUAGAGUCUCAUCAAUUUUAAUAGUUGCCCAGACACUGAAGGCUAAUUUCACUCCAUUAUUGAAGGAAAUUGUGAAUAUGUUUAUAUUGCUCUUUGUACUCCUGUUUUCAUAGAGCCUGUCCAAUAUCUACAAGGCACAAGUCAGAAGUGUGAUGGAAUACUCACCACUUACUUGGAUGAGCGGAGCUCCAAUAAUAGUCAAUACCAUUGUCCCUCUGUAGAUCACCUUAUUCAUUAACUCCAGCAUCAGUGUAGCGGCAGAAGCCGGUAUCAUCUUCAAGAUGCACUGCAGCAACUCACUGUUUGACAACACUUUUCAAACCUGUGGAAAUAGAACAAGGACAUCAGGCACAUGCAAGACUGUAGUGGUAAUGUCAUAGGGCUAGCUAAUCCUGAUAAACACUUGACAGAUGAUGACAUUUGAAUUUUAUAAAAUCCAAAAUAAUGGUGACCACUCAUGAUUGCUAGUUUUACAAAGUAAAAAACCCAUCUGUUUCACUCAUGUCCUUUAAGGAAGAGCAAUCUGCUGUCUUUACCAGGUCUGGCCUACAUGUGACUGCAGAUUCACAGCAAUAUGUUGGACUCUCAACAGCUAUAGAUGGGCAAUAGAUGGUCGCCCAGCCGGUAAUGCCCAUAUCUCAUGGAUGAUUCUUUUUAUAUAAAAAACACCAAAUGAGAAUCCCCCUGCAAGUCAUAGCCAUCAUAAAUUAUCACUGAGUCAAAAUUCUGGAAGUCCCAGCCUAACAGCGCUGUGGAAGUAUGUCGAGUCAAAGAGGUUUACAGCAUGGAAACAGGUCUUUUGCCCAACUUGUCCAUGCUACCCCUCCUCCAUGUGGACUGCAGCAGUUCAAGAAAGAAAUGAACCAUCACUUUCUCAAGGGUCAUUAUGGAUGAGAAAUGAAUGCCCACAUCUUUGGCAUUGGAUACCUUGCAAUGUCACAAUUUUCAUUAAUGAAAGAUAUCCUAAAUGGUUUUACAGCCUAAUGCACAUACCAGAGGUUGCAUUGUCCCAUAAGGAAUAGAGUGCAACAUUGUAGUGUCCAAAAGUGUUUUGUGCAUGCAUUGCAUUUUUACUUAAGAGCUAGACAUCUGAAUGAAGAGGGGUAUCUGCUCUCCAGUAAUUGAACCAUCUUUGGAGGUAGAUAAUCAGUAAAGACUCAAUAUAAUCACAGGGUGAAUUAAAAAUUCAAAGAGUCUCCCACACCAAUGCUUUCUCUCAUUGCCCAUCAGGAACAAACCUGCUACAGCAGUAAUGAUACCUACUUCUAUAGAUUUUGUGGAAGAUUGCAGAGGCAACAACGUAUUAAAAGGUCCACUGACAUCACAAAUCAGAGAUCAAAUUUGAGGUUAUGGUAUUUGAUCUGAUUUGCAAAAUUUUAUAUCUUCCCCUAAGUAUCUAUGAUUUUGCACUUGCAUAUUUCUUUAAUUUUCACUUACAGCUAAUGCCUCCCUAUUUUUAGUUGCUGUUAUCAUUUGUUUCAGUUCAUUUCGUGAGGUACACUGUUAUUUCUGUCUUAGCUGUUGGACAGGAGGUAGCAAAACCUGGGGCUACACAGAUCCACCAAGAAAGCAGUUGGUGACAAUUAAAACCAACGACAAAAAUUUGACUUCCUAAAUUGAACCGUGUCAGCAAUGCUUCAAUCAUUAAAGCUGUUUCUAUCAUAGUUUCUGGGCCUUAACAACCAUCUGCAUUAAACCAUUCCCCUCAUCUAUUCUUGCAAUGUACCACACGCUGGUUUAUGUAUUAUUCUGUGCAUAUGCAUGAUACCAUAUGUAUUAUCAAGCAUACAUAGAGAAUAAAUGUCUGUGUUAUCCAAGGAAUACAGAGUACUGGGCUAAUGGUAAGAUUCUUGGUAGUGUGGAUGAGCAGAAAGAUCUCGGUGUCCA